AGCUCAAAGUAUAUUUAGAAUUUUAUGCAAAUGCUCGGCGUCUGUGGACAGUUGAACGCGAAAUAUACUCCAUUUGACAGUGCGCGCAUACACAGGCAGUUGGUGCAUGCGCGCUACGACUGUUAGAAGACACCGGACUAUUUCUCUUCAGGCUCAAAUUGAACUUUAGUUCCUACAGAUAAUCCAGAAGAAGUGACUCUCCUUGAACAGCUGAAACGUGUAUAGAAAUGGCAAAAUUCUUAUCACAAACUCAGAUUGAUGAGUUCAAAGAAUGUUUCUCCCUUUAUGAUAAGAAACGAAAGGGGAAGAUUGAUGCCAAAGACCUUAUCACGGUCAUGCGCUGCCUGGGUACAAGUCCAAUUUAUAGUGAAGUGGACAGACAUCUACAAGUCCACAAAAUAGAUAAGACAGGGGAGCUGGACUUUUCCACGUUUCUAACCAUGAUUCACAGACAGAUGCAGCAGGAGGAUCCUAAGACUGAAAUUCUGGAGGCUAUGCGUAUGACAGACAAACACAAGAAGGGUUACAUUAUGGACUAUGAGCUGCGGGCCAAACUCACUGGCCUGGGAGAAAAGCUCACUGAUAAAGAGGUUGAUGGGCUUUUUAAGGAGGCUAAUGUUGGACCUGAUGGACGAAUUCAUUAUGAGGAGUUCACCAGAAUGGUCACACUUCCUACAGUGGACUACUAAUGAACAAGUAUCUGUAGAUGAGUGGGUUGGAAGCUUAUCCUGAGUAAUGCAAUUAUUUACUGGCAAGAGUGGGAUUUUUCUGUUCUUUGU